AUGAAUCCUGAAAAAGAAAGUGAGAAUGAGAAAUCAUCUUCUGAGAAUGCUGCUCCUCUAUGGAAAUAUGUUACUAGAUUAGAAAAAGCAAGUGUUGGUGGUGGGAAUGUUUCUUUUAGAUGUAACUAUUGUGAAAAAAAUUUUAAGGGGUCUUAUUCAAGGGUGAAGGCACACUUGUUAAAAUUGCCUAAGUUUGGAAUACAAGCAUGUGCCAAGGUUGGAGAUGAGUAUCAAAAUGAAAUGCAGAAAUUAGAAGAUGCAUUUGAGGAAUCUUCGCGUAGAUUGAAGAAGCCUAAGUUAGUGUCUUUACCAACUGAUUCUCCUACUAGUCCUAAUUUGGAUAGUAGGGAGAAUUGUCUUAUUGCUAGGACAUUUUACUCUGCUGGCUUACCCUUUCACUUUGCUAAGAACCCGUAUUGGAUUGAGAUGAUCAAGUUUGCAGCUAAUAAUAAUUUAGCGGGCUAUGUUCCUCCGGGUUACAAUAAAUUAAGAACAACUUUGUUGCAAAAAGAGAAGGCACAUAUUGAGAAGUUGUUGAGGGCAAUUAAAGACACUUGGAAAGAAAAGGGUUUAAGCAUUGUAAGUGAUGGGUGGACAGAUGUACAAAAAAGGCCACUUAUCAAUUUUAUGGCUACAUCACAGAAAGGGCCAAUUUUUAUCAAAUCCAUUGAUGGUACCAAAGAGUACAAAGACAAGCACUUCAUUGCUGACUUGUUUUUAAAGGUUGUUGGUGAGGCUGCAGGAUCUAUUGUUGAAGCUGAAUAUCCUCAUAUAUUUUGGUCACCUUGUGUUGUGCAUACUCUCAAUUUGGCUUUGAAGAAUAUAUGUGCACCUAAGUACUCUUUGCAGAAUGAGGAUGCAUAUAAUGAAUGUAACUGGAUUGCACAAGUUUCAGAUGAGGCAACUUUCAUUCGUAUUUUCAUCACAAAUCAUUCUAUGAGAUUAGCAAUUUUUAAUUCAUAUUCUCCUUUGAAGUUACUUGCUGUUGCUGAAACACGAUUUGCUUCAAUAAUUAUCAUGCUUAAAAGAUUGUUUCAAGUAAAACAAAAUCUUCGAAAUAUGGUUGUUAGUGAGGAAUGGAUGUCAUAUAGAGAAGAUGACGUAGGAAAAGCUCAAACUGUGAGGGAUUAUAUUUUGAAUGAUUUGUGGUGGGACAAGGUUGAAUACAUUCUAAGAUUCACAGAACCUAUUUAUGAGAUGCUCCAAGUGGCUGACACGGAUGCACCUAUUCUCCAUAAGGUGUAUGAAAUGUGGGAUUCCAUGAUAGAAAAUGUGAAGAAAGAAAUAUACCAACAUGAAGGCAAGGAAGACUAUGAGGAGUCUCCAUUCUAUGAUGUGGUACACAAUAUACUUAUUGAACGGUGGACUAAAAAUUGCACACCACUUCAUUGCCAAGCCCACUCCUUGAAUCCAAAGUAUUAUACUAUUAAAUGGAUUGAGGAAGUUAGAGGUCGUGUUGCACCACAUAAGGAUGCUGAAAUUUCAGUGGAGAGAAACAAGUGUCUCAAAAGGAUCUUUCCUGAUCCUGAUGAUAGGCAAAAAGUUAAUGUGGAGUUUGGUUUGUUUAACUCAUUACAGGUUUAUGAUGAGGAUAACAUGGAGGAUAGGUGGAACUACAAUCCAAUGCUUUGGUGGUCAACUUAUGGGUCUACCUUACCAAUACUUCAAACUUUAGCUCUAAAACUUCUUGAACAGCCUUGCUCAUCAUCAUGUGCUGAGAGGAAUUGGAGUACCUAUGGCUUCAUCCAUUCUAUGAGGAGGAAUAGAAUUACUCCUAAACGUGCUGAAGAUUUAGUGUUUGUUCAUUCUAAUCUUCGACUUCUUUCAAGGAGGAGGCCCGAGUACAAUAGUGGAGAAUCUAAGAAGUGGGACAUUGGUGGAGAUAAUUGGGAUGAGCCAUUUGGAGGACCUGGGUUGCUUGAGGUUGCUUAUCUCACACUAGAUGAGCCAGAGAUGGAGACAAGUAUUGUUGAGAAUAAUGAUUAUGUUGAUGAUGAUGAUGUUGUUGUUCUUUGA